AGCCAACUGAGUUGUCAUAAAUUCACAUGAGUACAGACAUCGAAUAUUCCAAAUUGAGCUCUCGUGUUUUAUUUUUUAAAUUUCCCAAUACUGCCGGCGGAGGAAGCACAAUGGACGGCUGCCACAACGACAUCCUGGCACCCCUCAUCCUGGCCGUCAUGGUGGCCAAUGGACAUCCCCUCACCCUGGACGAGAUCGUCGAUGAGCUGACGGCGGUGAUCAAUUCUCAGACGGAGCUGGCAGUGGCCCCAGAAAAUAUUGGAGACGGCAAACAUGGCCAUAAGUCAUUUAACCCUAGACGAAAGUAGUAAGGAGAGCCUCGUACUCCCUUAAAGGCGAUUUAUAAUUUAAAGCAAGAACUUACUCUAGACUCGCGUGAAUUUAUUUCAAUAAAAUAACCAUUAAAAUA